UGCUUUUGCGGGGGGCUGUGUUCUCCCUCUCUCUCGGUGUAUUGACGUCCUUUGUCUUGGGGUUUGACUCUCUUGACGGGUCGAUGCUACGGGCUCGCCGCGCCGCGAGUUGUGGUGCUUUUUGAUGCCUUGUGCACUUGCUUCAGAGGGAUGGGGAUUCCUGAUGCUCUUGCUUGUUUGUGAGGAUGUGGAUCUCUCAGUGUGGAGGAUGCAGGUCGUACGGAUGAAAGAGGAGAGAGAGUAAAGACUGAAUCAAAGCAAUGCAAUGUGCAUGAGGAGCAUUAGUCUGCUGCAGACCGCCACAGCCUGAAGCCGUCCUGCCAAAAUCUGGGACCAUGUCUGGAGCCUACGACGAGUCCGCCAGCCAGGAGGAGACCACAGACAGUUUCUGGGAGGUUGGGAACUACAAACGUACAGUGAAGCGGAUCGACGACGGCCACCGGCUCUGCAACGACCUGAUGAACUGCAUCCAGGAGCGUGCCAAAAUCGAGAAGGCCUACGCACAGCAACUGACCGAGUGGUCCAAGAGAUGGAGACAGCUGGUAGACAAAGGGCCUCAGUACGGCACAGUAGAGCGAGCCUGGGUGGCGGUGAUGACGGAGGCAGAGAAGGUGAGCGAGCUUCACCAGGAGGUGAAAAACAACCUGAUCAACGAGGACUUUGAGAAGGUGAAGAACUGGCAGAAAGACUUGUACCACAAACAGAUGAUGGGAGGAUUCAAGGAAACCAAAGAGGCAGACGAGGGCUUUAAGAAGGCCCAGAAACCAUGGGCCAAAAAGCUAAAGGAGCUCGAGGCCGCCAAGAAGUCGUACCACAUGGCCUGCAAGGAGGAGAAGCUGGCGUCCACCAGAGAGGCCAACAGUAAGGGGGAGGCCUCUGUGACAGCUGACCAGCAGAAGAAGCUGCAUGAGAAAGUGGACAAGUGCAAACAGGAUUCACAGAAAGCGAAGGAGAAGUAUGAGAAGGCUCUGGAUGAGCUGAGUAAAUGCACCCCUCACUACAUGGAAAACAUGGAGCAGGUGUUCGACCAGUGUCAGCAGUUCGAAGAGAAGAGGCUGAGCUUCCUCAGAGAGGUGCUGCUGGAUGUCAAAAGCCACCUCAACCUAACAGAGAACCAAAGCUAUGUUACAGUUUACAGAGAACUUGAACGCACCAUCACGUCAGCAAGUCCGCAGGAAGAUCUGAAGUGGUUCAGCAACAACCAUGGCCCCGGCAUGCACAUGAACUGGCCACAGUUUGAGGAAUACAACCCAGAACUCACCCAUAGCAUCUCUAAGAAAGAAAAGUCAAAGAAAGGCAGUGAUGGAGUCAUGCUGACUAACGUCUCGACAGCAGUAGACCACGCUCAAGCUGGCGACCGGGGAAGUGUCAGCAGCUAUGAAAAGAACCAGGCGUACACAGCCUCCACAGAGUGGUCGGAUGAGGACCAGACAGCCCCGAACUCAGGCAACGACACCAACGGGGGGACGAACCCCUUCGAUGACGAUGCAGGCAAAGGUGUGAGAGUGAGAGCGCUGUACGACUACGAAGGCCAAGAGCAGGACGAGCUCAGCUUCAGAGCAGGGGACGAGCUGACGAAGCUGGAGGAGGAGGACGAACAGGGCUGGUGUAAAGGUCGUCUAGACAACGGCCAGCUGGGUCUCUACCCGGCCAAUUACGUGGAGCCGAUCUAACUGUUCCACAUGAGGACGCUUGUCUCGUUGGAGGGCAAACCCAGACUGAACCGUCCGGUCAUAACUGCACAUUGCCAGAGACUUCAAAGCAAAGCUUCCUUGUCCUGUCGGGCGCAGUGAGCUGCCUUCAUCUCAGCACUCAUCACAGACAAGACUUUACAGAAACAAAAUCCCACCCCCAGAUACAACAACUCAAGCAAAAUAUUUUAGUCUUGUUUGUGUGUAGCUGUGUUUGAUUGCAGUCGUGAUGCUAACAUGCCAUACAGUAUGUUCUCUCAUCAUAAUAUCAAUAUGGUUUCAUCAGUUGUGCCUGGAUAGCGAGAAUGAGCCAUGCAUUGUGCAUUUCAUGUAUAUAUUUUCACCUUUUUUUUUACAGUCUGGAUGCUUGUACAGUUUUUUUCCGUGUUUUCUCCCUUUGUGAAAUAUUUACAUGUUUAGCUUCAUAGGAAUAGUUUGACAUUUUUGGGAAAAGCGUUUAUUUGAUUUCUUCCUGAGAGUUAGAUGACAGGAUGAAUACAACCUCUCAUGUCUGUAGCCUACGUUACAUAUGAAGCUAGAAACAGGACCAUGUUGCUUUAGCUUAGCUUAGCUUAGCUUAGCUUAGCAUAAAGUCUGUAAACAGGGGGAAACAGCUAGCUAGCUAACAAAAUCAGCUUACCAACACUUCCAAAGCUCACUGAUGAACAUGUUAUAUCUCCAGACAGAAAAACACAAGUGUUUUAAAAACAACAGGAAGUUGGUUAUUGUAUUUUGGCCCGCUGAUUCUGCCCGCUGAACAACCCAGUCCACAGUUUGCAGCAGCAGCAGUGGCUGUGGAUCACAGCUCUUGGAGUUAAUUAAGGUACUUGAAGUAUCAAAAUAAAGCAGUUUUUGAUAUCAGCAGCAUCACAGCCUGAAACUACAGGAGCAACACUCAAACAUGGAGCUGGAUUUUUACUUGGACUGACUGAAGUGACUCACCGCAGCCUCACUAAAGGGUGCGUUGAAAGUCAGGAAAAGCCUUUACCAUUGUGAAAACAUUUAUAUAGAAACUUAUUCAGGUAAGGUCUUAAGAUAGCAAAUAUACCAACAGCAAAAUGUUAUUUACUGUAAAGUGAUUCAAGAGUUUGAGACCCAGGUGAAAGCUAAAGGCCUCAACGCCCUUGAUUUUAUUUCUUUUUAUUUCAGUCUUUAUCAUGUCUUUUACACCAAUGCAAAUGGUUUUUAUCUUUCUAUCUUAUGAUUUUGAGUUUAUUUUGCUGCCCUGUUUGAAGCACUUUGUAACUUCAGUUUUGAAAAGCACUCUGCAAAAGAUUAUAUUGUGUCUGAAGUGGAAAUCUGACAUGUUUUUGUACAGUUUUUGUUAAACAAUGAAGAUACAAGAUGUUAUAUAGUGAGCUUUAGAGGCAGAUCCAGGCUAGCUUCUUUCCCCCUGCGUUAUGUCUCUGUGCUAAGCUAAGUUAACAUAAUUAGUUUCAAUCACUCUUCUCAUCUAACUCUCUGCACGAGAGUAAUGCAUAUUUCUAAAAAAAUUUGGAAGUAUUCUUGUAAUGGGUCUAGUUGUUUUCCUGCUCCACUCCACAGCAUGUCACUGAAUUAGCAUUUUUGCAACGGGACAAAAGACUAAAAAUAAAACAUGCGGCCUCUCUCAGCAGAGCUUCUCUUUGAAAUGGAAAUACAGUACAGUACAUACUCUACCAAACAAUGCAAGGAUUGUUUACAUUAACCUCCACUCUCUCGCCGGUCCACAACAUGGUGCCUGCUAUAACCUUUCAUUAUAGUUUCUCCUCUGUUUUGUCUCUACAUGUGUUAAUAUUGCAGACGUCAUGAACAAAACCUGCCUGGAAAUAUGAACAGCUGUUUUAUACGGAGAUUAGCUUCAUUUCAUAACCAAGGUUUUAAUUUUUGUAUUUUUUUUUUAAUUUUAACUCCUGCAGUUAAUGUGACUUGUUUACUAUGAGUGGAUGUCAGUGACUCUGUAUUAUCAGCUUCCAGCUCUUAUCUCUGUGAUUAUGUGCAUGCUGAUGCUCCCACACACUGUUUACCGCUCUGAUCUGAACUGAUCCAAUGCAUGGCCUCAAUUUGUUUCCCCCAAAUUAUUGACAGAUUCUUGACUGAAUUAAAACUCUUAUCAGAAUGAUGAUGAUGAUGAUGAUGAUGAUGAUGCCAUUUGCAUAACACUGUAAUUCUAUUUCACUGUGUAACAAAAAUGCAGGCUGUAUUAAAUAUAGGCUAUGAACAUCUUUAUAUUAAAACAUUUGGCUUUAAUCAGAAAAACUAAAUCAAACCUUAUACAAAGAAAGAUUAAGAGUGCAUGUGGCAGCGCAGUACGUGUUAUAUGAGAUUGGUUUGUUACUCCUGGUAACCACAGGUGCUGGUGAACGCUACACCGUCGUCGAUGAGGAAGACGGGUGUUCUCUUACUGAUGUAGACAGAGAAAGCUGCGACUAGAAAAGCAGAAAGAGGAUCUGUCUCUGAAAUAUUGAUGAGACAAUCGCCUUUUUCUGCUGCAAGAGAGAACGAGGGAAACGUCUCUUGUCAUGGUGUUUAUGCUUCUGUAUGCUUCUUUAAAAAAGUUUUGCUCCUCAUAAGCACUGGCUUCAGAGUGGUGAAAUGAAUAUUGCCUUAUCAAAAUCUCCCACGCUGCCACUCCAAAGACUCUCAAACUGUCACGUUCAAACAAAGUGAAAGAGAGCUCACUCCCACAGAAUCUGACUCCAGGCUGUCCAGCUCAUUUUACACCGACACAGCACGCAGGCCCUUUGUCUGAUUGAGGAGAGACCUCAGCGUCAUUAACUGUCUUCACGUAUCUUAAGCUGUAUUUGAAACAGAAUGGGACUGUUUACAAUAGAACUGUAAAAGUGAGAAAAAGCAGACACGUAAAGCUACAACUGCAGCAUCCACUGUGAAACAACUGUGAUACACUGAAGGAUGUUUAAUCAUAUUUUGAAAAACUGUGCUCAAACGCUCCUUUUCUUUUCUGUCCUUUUGCUCAUGCUGGAAACAUUGAUCUGCAGUGUUGAAGGAAAACCUUUUAGAGGACUAGAGGGCUUUCUGUCUUUCUGUUUUUUUUUUUUUUAGCUUAGUGCUGUAAUUUCCAAACUGUAGUGCCUGUUCAUCUGCAUUUAAGCAAAAAUAAAAAGAUGUCAUCAGAAAGCUCUGAGGCACAUAUGAGCA